GCAGCAGUCGAUGCGCUUUGGAACCUGAUAACCUCCACCUUCGGCAUUCCGCCGGGGAGGGAGAGGAGGACAGAAAGUGCCAAAGAGGGAACUUGAGAAGCAGGUUCACCUGACGAGGAGAGAGAGAGAGAGAGAGAAACAAAACUCUGAUCGGCAUUUGAAACGGCGGAGGGAAUGUAGCUUUGAACACGACAAGGGCUCGCUUCUCAAUUUGCCCGUGUGUGUGUGUGUGUGUGUAGGCGCGCGCGCGUGUGUGCGUGCGUAUUCUACUCCAAACAAAAGCCUGUAUAGCAUCUAUUAGCUUUAUUUUAACUUUCACUAUGGGUGUCGGAUUCCCGAAGCCUUUAAAGGAACUCGGAGCGCCUUGUCUGGCAGACAGAUACAGUCGCUUCACCUGUAGCUACACGCUGAAGUGAAGAGUGCCAAUGUGAGUGGAGCUGGGGGAGUUAAUGGCCCGGGCAAAGCGCUUCUCAACACCAUGCGCAGAUCCCUAACGCAGUGGAUGAUUCAAGUGCUGCUUUGUUUCACCAUCGUUUAUUUGCGACUCGGGGCCCUUUCCUCUGUGGUGGCUCUGGGUGCCAACAUCAUCUGCAAUAAGAUUCCAGGCCUGGCUCCCCGCCAGCGGGCCAUCUGCCAAAGUCGCCCUGACGCCAUCAUUGUAAUAGGCGAGGGGGCUCAGCUGGGCAUCAAUGAGUGUCAAUACCAGUUCCGCUAUGGUCGUUGGAAUUGCUCGGCCCUGGGAGAGCGAACCGUCUUUGGCCAGGAACUACGAGUAGGCAGCAGGGAGGCUGCAUUCACCUAUGCCAUCACAGCUGCUGGAGUGGCCCAUGCAGUGACAGCGGCAUGUAGCCAAGGCAACAUGAGCCAUUGUGGCUGCGAUCGUGAAAAACAGGGCUAUAACAACCAAGAAGAGGGCUGGAAGUGGGGAGGCUGCUCCGCCGACAUCAAACAUGGCAUUGAGUUCUCCCGGAAGUUUGUGGAUGCUCGGGAGAUUAAAAAAAACGCUCGCCGACUGAUGAACCUGCACAACAAUGAAGCAGGAAGAAAGGUGUUGGAAGAGAAGAUGAAGCGGGAGUGUAAAUGCCAUGGCGUGUCGGGUUCUUGCACCACUAAAACAUGCUGGACUACCCUUCCGAAGUUUAGAGAAAUAGGGAACGAGCUGAAGAAAAAGUACGAUAAAGCAGUCCACGUGGAGGUAGUUCGAGCCAGUAGACUACGCCAGCCUACCUUCCUCAAGGUUAAGAAAGUUGAGGGCUAUCAAAAACCAGAGGAAACAGAUUUGGUCUACAUUGAGCGUUCACCCAACUACUGCGAGGAGGAUGCUAAGACAGGCAGCGUGGGGACGCAGGGCCGUUUAUGUAACAGAACAUCUCCACACACAGAUGGCUGUGACCUCAUGUGCUGCGGCAGAGGGUACAACACUCAUCAGUACACCAAGGUGUGGCAGUGUAACUGCAAGUUUCAGUGGUGCUGCUUUGUGAAAUGCAACACCUGCAGUGAGAGGACGGAGGUGUUCACCUGCAAAUGAACAAGUGUGUGUUGAGGACAGUAGAGCUGGGAUAAGGACAUGUAUGAACUUCUUGGGUGGAAGACUUGAUGACCA